CUUGAGACUCAGUACGGGGAGGGUGUGUGUGUCUGUGUAAAUAAACGAAAGAAGAAACAAAAAACAAGAGAUGAUAAGGAAUAGUGACAAAUGUGAUAAACCAAAGUGCAAAUAAAAAGAACAUCAAAGAAUAUCAAAUGAAAAUAUAAAAACCAAAAAAAUAUGCUGAAAUUUUUUUUGAAAACUCGUUUAAUUAAAAGCUGAAAAAGAAGACGAAAUAUAAAAUAAACAAUAAACUUAAAGGAACGAUAAAGUGACUGCAAAGAAGGAAGGAAAUAAAUAAAGAAAAAAAGUAAGUAAAGAAAAUAAAAUAAAGGAGAUACAUUUAAUGAACUCAUCUUGAAAAAAAAGAAAAAAAAACGUGAGAAAAUAAUAAAAAUAAACAGUUGAAGUAAACAAUUAUAGAAAAUAAAUAAACAAAUGGAAAAAAAGUAAAGAACAAGAAAAUUAGAGAACUUAUCCCUAAAAAAAUAAAUAAAAAAAAAUUGACCUUACGACCUUAUUUCCUUGACACUCAUAAGUGGUAAGGUCAUCAUGGGUCAAGGCAAGGCAGGCGAGGUCAAUAGGUCACGUGUCUACCCUCGCGUGAUCCCUCUGGUGGUGGUGGUGGUGGUGGUGGUGACCUGCUGCGUGGAUGUGGCUAGGAGCAGGCCAGUUGUGGCAGGUGACAGUCAGACAGCAACAGACGACCAACAGACAACAUGGGAUUGGAACCAGUACCAAGACCAAGAUCAAGACCUCGAGAAAAGUGACCCAUCUCGAUCUGGUUCAUCUGGACAUGACCCUGACAGACCAAAUGACGUCUUUUCUCUUUCCCUCACCUCACCUUUACCCAUAAGCACUGUACUAUCCCCAUUAGCCACACAGGCACCUUGGGGAACGCAGUUGUUACACCUUUCACACCAGCCCACCUUUCGUAACCCUCACAAAAGCAUUCCUUCACAUUUAUCUUCGAAUUCUGUAGCUGAGGUAAAUUUGCGUCGUAAGUUGGAUGUUACUUCGUCACCUUCCGUUUCAUUCACGCCUAAAACUUUGUAUCUUUUACCCCGGAAUCUUGCUGAAAGGCGAAUGACACCUAAGCGUAAGAGAAACAUAAAUGAAGCUUGGUUUGAUCCUACUAAAGAUGAUGAUGUUUCCAGAGACGAAAAUGUAGGCAUGUUUUAUCCUGUUGGAUUUGGAAGUGGAGACAUGGUUACGGAAGCACAGGGAAGGAUACAAGAUUCAGUAGCAGAAAAGAUACAACCUGUAUAUAUUCGUUCACAGCCACAACGCCAGACCUUUCCUGCAGGAGAGGGACACCUAACAGCACUCCUCAGCAUCUUGAAGGAGGCGGGAGACAGUCACACAGCACGCGAAGAAGUGGAGAGGACAAGACUAACACAAGAAUUCAAUACGUUUACGGAAAAUUUAAUAAACAUGAAUUUAUCUGAAGCCGAUAUUGUAUCCCUUCUGCAAGUGAUUCAUAAGUAUUUAGAAAACCAAGAGAACUGGAACCUCCCCUCUGGCAGCUACGAUUCACGCCAAAAGCAUCGGUUCACAGCGCAACCUAGAUUAUCCCCACUAUCAAAGGCCUUAGAAGAUCGGGAGUCUCGCAUCUCCUCGAAUGAAGAAACGAAGACUAAGGUUUCCAUUCGUGGUGGUCUUUGGAAAGAAAGUGCCUCGCCUCCCGCCACCACUGUCGGUCCGUUCACCUACAACAACGGCACCGUCACCUUCCACAACGGCGUGCCAGACUUCGGGGUCCACUCAAUGCUACAGAAGUUACAUUACAUUCUGACGGGCAAACUUGACUCGCUUCAACACCCGACUUCUGCUUCUACAUCUACUACUACGACUGCUGCUGAUAUCUUUGCUGCCACCAUUUUCAGCAUGUUCACUCCCAUUGCUACCACUUCUGCUACCAACACCUUCAAUAUGACUACGAUUCCUACUACUUCCACUACUACCUUCACCACGACCCCUGCUACUACCACUACCUCCACCACCACCCCUGCUACUUCCACCACCACCAUGGCCCCUACUACAUCCACCACGACCAGUACUACUACCACCACCUCUACCACGACCCCUGCUACUACUACCACCACUACUACCACCACCAGCAUGACUCCUACUACUACCUCCACUUCUACCACGACCCCUGCUACUACUACUACCACCACCACCACCAGCACCACCAGCAUGACUCCUACUACUACCUCCACCACAAUGCCUACUACUACCUCCACCACAACGCCUACUACUACCACCACCUCUAACACAACCAUCACUACUAACACCAGCACGACCCCCUCUACUACCACCAUCACCACCACUACCACCAAGCCCAAGUCAGCCUACCUAUCGUCAGGAGUUCAAAUAACCUUCGAGAAUGGAGUUCCUGUCAUAUCCUACAGUAAAGGUUCUGCUCCCCGUCCCAUCCUGUCCAUGCUGCAGCAGGCUGUUAACACUGCCGUCGAAUCGGAGUCACCUGAAGGGAACGGGCACCUGAAAAAUGAGAUUCAGGGCAUUGAAACAAACAUCCCUCAACCUCCUACUCUCUCCCUUGAAAGCAGAACCACUAGUGAACCUGCACGGUCAGAUAUUGUACAAAGUGUUGGCACAAAACCAUUUCCCGUUUUCUGGGACACUGGAGCACCAGACACAGAAAACGACGGUCAUUUCUCCAUCCUUAAGCACCUGCAGGAGUUUCUAUUUAUAAAGGACAAGACUGUAACCGAUGUAUUACCUGCAGAAGGCGAUGAAGACACGGACCCUCCCCAGUACAGAAUUGGGAGUCGCGAUGACCUAAGCACUGAGGAUGAAGGCUCUGAAGUUACCACCACACAGCCUGAGGACGACUCAGCUAUCCAGCGGGAAGACCAGGGACAGGUCGUCAUCAGCGUCACUCAGACUCAGAACCAGAACCAAAAUCAAGUCGUACCCUGGCUGUUGGUUCGCCCUGGACACUCGCCAAGCUCCCAAGGUCCUCUUCAGGGACUCCACUCUUAUUCGCAAAGACCGACUGGUGUUGGUCUGGUUCCAUGGCUUCCUUAUCAGCUGUUAGGGCUGUCGAACCUGCUUUCCAAGCCUACCGCCACCACCAUGCAGCCAGGUCAGAGCGGUUCGGGGACCUCCUCCUGUACCUCUCCUUUCUCCGUGGUUCCAAAUCCUGACAGUUCCAAUGAGGACUCUGGUGUGUUCUCCUUCAAGGUGGUUCAGAGUGCCUUCCGAUCAGAACAGUGUCUGGCCGGUUUUCCCUUCCAAGUCGUCACAAACCUAAAUACCUCCAGUGGCUUCCCUUUUACAGUCACGUCUGGUAUAAAUGGAUCCCUUUCAGACAGUGGCAGGUACCCGUUCCAGAUCAUUCCAACCCCGGAUGGUAUGGGGGGGGUGACCUUUUCAAUAGAACCACACCCAGAUGACCCGAACCCAGGACAGUAUCCUUUCACCAUAGUGCCUGACCCUAAUGACCCUGACAGUUUCCUUGUAGUGCCAAAACCAGGGUCAGGGACAACACAGGGAUCAUCAGGGGUGGGAAAUAGUACAGGGAAUCAUCCUUACCUGCUUGUACCUGAAGGAGUAGCAGUAGGAGGAGGACCUGUCACUGUCAUAUCCAAGAACCCACUGACCAAUUCUUCUGAAGGAGGGAAAGAUGAACCGUACUUUGAAAUACUGGAGUCGAUUGGUUCUGAAGGUAGGCAUCCGGUUCUGGUGUACCCAAGACCUCCUGAUGAGUCCGGUUCUACUAGCCAGCCUACACAUAUCUUCAUACCGGACCCGACUGCCCCGCCUACCACAUCUGGACUGGUACCUGGUGUUUUAGUUGCCAUACCACAACAAACCACUACAACAACUACUACUACUACCACCACACCUGCCAUGACUACUGCAAGCUCCAUGACUCCAGCUACUGCUACUACUACUGCUAUUACUACCAUAGCUACUACUGCUUCUACUACUACUACUGCUGUCCCUACCACCACUGCCACUACUACUACUGGUACCACAACAACCUCAUCCCUCUCCACAUCCAGCAAUAAUACAGAAGAACCGAAAACUACCAAGGAAAUGGCUACCAUGGAACCAACAACAACAGAACCAACCACAAUGAAACCAGAUACAAUGGAACCCACAACAACUGCGGAACCAACUACAGCAGAACUGACCACCAUGGAACCAAUGACCACCCGUGAACCAACCACCAUGGAACCCACGACCAUAGAACGAAGUACUGUAGAACCGACAACCACAGUAAAACCAACUACUGCAGAACCAAUGACCACUACAGAACUAACAACUACUGUGGAACCAGCUACUACUGAUGAACCCACGACCACCAUGGAACCAACGACCACCAUAGAACUAACGACCACCAUGGAAUCAAAGACGACCAUGGAAUCCACGACCACCAUGGAACCAACGACCACCAUGGAACCAACGACCACCAUGGAACCAACGACCACUGAUGAACCAACGACCACAAUGGAACCAACGACCACCAUGGAACCAACGACCACCAUGGAACCCACGACCACUGAUGAACCAACGACCACCAUGGAACCAAUGACCACUAUGGAACCCACGACCACCAUGGAACCAACGACCACCAUGGAACCAAUGACCACUAUGGAACCCACGACCACCAUGGAACCCACGACCACCAUGGAACCAACGACCACCAUGGAACCAAUGACCACUAUGAAACCAACGACCACCAUGGAACCAACGACCACUAUGGAACCAACGACCACCAUGGAACCAACGACCACUAUGGAACCAACGACCACCAUGGAACCAACGACCACUAUGGAACCAACGACCACCAUAGAACCAAUGACCACUAUGGAACCAACGACCACCAUGGAAACAACGACCACCAUGGAACCCACGACCACCAUGGAACCAACGACCACUAUGGAACCAACUACCUCUAUAGAAUCCACGACCACCAUGGAACCCACGACCACCAUGGAACUAACGACCACUGACGAAUCAACGACCACCAUGGAACCCACGACCACCAUGGAACCAACGACCACUAAUGAACCAAUGACCACCAUGGAACUAAUGACCAGUGAUGAACCAACGACCACUAUGAAACCAACGACCACUUAUGAACUAACGACUACCAUGGAACCAACAACCACUAUGGAACCAACGACCACCAUGGAACCAACGACCACCAUGGAACCAACGACCACUGAUGAACCAACGACCACCAUGGAACCGAUGACCACUGUGGAACAAACGACGACUGUGGAACCAAUGACCACCAUGGAACCCACGACCACCAUGGAACCCACGACCACCAUGGAACCCACGACC